CACAAACCAAUUAAGAAACAAACAAGCUAACCGCAAAACAUAAAUGAACCAUCUACGUCGCAAAAAACAACAGAACACAGACAACCUCGACUCCGUUGUUCAGUACAGCCUGGUUUCGUCUAAUACCCCUCAAACUACAUUCCCAUCAACAAGAACAUCCCACACUUUCACAGCACCAAAAACAAAAACCUCCAAUUUCGUCUAAUACCCCUCAAACUACAUUCCCAUCAUUCCCCACUAGAGGGACAAAAAAGUAAUUCCAGCCCACCAUCCCCAAACCACCACUCCCAAACCACCACAACCAAAAAAAAAAAAAAAAAGAAAAGAAAAUGCUCUUCAUUCUUUCAUUCCCAAAUCCCCAACCCUAAUUUCAACACCGAAGCCCUAAAUCCCCAAUUCUUCUUCAAUCAAGAUCCACGAAGAAUGGGAGAUUUCAACUUAGCUCUAGUAAUCGUAGCGAUUGUGUUAUGUGUAAUCGUGUUCCUCUUCAAUGUCUACCUUCUUGUGAACUACCAACACCCUGAUGACGUUAACCAAGCUUACUUCCCCAAAUUCGUCGUCGUUUUGGGUCUCUCCGUUGCCGUCAUUUCCAUUCUCAUGCUUCCGGCGGACGUGGCUAACCGUCAUGCUUGUCGACACGCAAUUUAUAAUGGCGCGUGUAAUCUCACGCUCCCUAUGAAAGAUCUUUGGCUCGCUAUUUAUAUCGUUGAUGCUAUUCUUGUCUUCUUUGUUAUUCCGUUUGCUAUGUUUUACUAUGAAGGUGACCAAGAUAAGAGUAUUGGAAAGCGGAUUAAGAGUGCGUUGUGCUGGAUGGUGACAACUGCUCUUGUGUGUGCUCUGGUUUUGGGUAUUUUGUAUGGGCUUAUUGGGAAGGUGGAUUUUACUGUGAAGCAUCUGUCUUCUUCCACUAGCUCGUUUCCAAGCUCAUGGGAAUUCAAUAGUGGUCAACAGUGUAUUGGAACUGGCUCUCGUCAGUGCUCUGCAUAUUCUGCUAGUCCUUCGUCGGAGAAAACCUGGACCAUGCGUACUACCUUUCCAGAAUAUGUUGUUGCUCUUGCUACUAUUGUUGGAUCUGUGCUUUUUGCUAUAUUUGGCGGUGUUGGUAUUGCUUGUCUUCCAUUGGGACUUAUAUUUUCAUUUAUUCGGCGUCCAAAGGCUGUUAUCACCCGCUCACAAUAUAUCAAGGAAGCAACUGAACUGGGUAAAAAAGCAAAAGAACUAAAGAAAGCAGCUGAGUCACUUCAUCAAGAAGAAAAAGGUGGUUCGAAGGGUAGGAAGUUUCGUAAAAAUGUGAAAGCGGUGGAAAAGGAGUUGUUUCAAUUAGAAGAAGAUGUAAAGCUUCUUGAGGAGGUCUAUCCACAAGGGGAACAGGCUGAGACAACAUGGGCACUAACAGUUCUUGGGUAUCUGGCAAAAUUUGUUUUAGGAGUUUUAGGAUUUAUUGUUUCUGUGGCAUGGGUUGCUCAUAUCAUUAUCUAUCUAUUAAUUGAUCCUCCUCUUUCUCCUUUUCUGAAUGAAGUUUUCAUCAAGCUGGAUGAUAUAUGGGGUCUUCUCGGUACUGCUGCAUUUGCAUUUUUCUGCUUCUACCUUCUCCUUGCUGUGAUUGCUGGGGCCAUGAUGCUUGGGCUGAGACUAGUUUUUAUUACUAUACAUCCCAUGAAGUGGGGAGGGACUCUCAUGAACUCUUUUCUGUUCAAUGUGGGACUUAUCCUUCUUUGUUCCAUCAGUGUGAUCCAGUUCUGCUCCACAGCAUUCGCCUACUAUGCUCAAGCAACUGCAGCACAGGAAAUAUUUGGUCACACUUUGGAGUCUCUUCGUGGAAUUAAAUAUUUGUACAAGUACAACGUAUUUCAGAUUGCAUUUGUUGUUUUGGCUGGAUUGACUUUUGUGUAUUAUGCUGCUUUUGGAUGGAGAAGAAAGAAGCCUAGUGGCAGGUUCCAAUUGUCUACAUAAGGUAUUUGAUUUAUGACAUAUGGAAGAGUUUUUUCUAAAGGCAACCAUUGAAAAUUCCUUGUAGCAAUAUCUCAUUUGGAGUGGCUUUUUUUUUUUUUUUUUUUUUUUUUUUUUUUUUUUUUU